AGCCUUUUAAACCUUAAAAAAAGGGGGCUGUUUUGUUUUUUUAAUUUUAAAAGUGGAAAAUGGUUGAGGAAAUAAAGAAAAACCUUUACGAAAUAGCUUCGAAAAUUGAAGGGCUAUACGGCAUUACAUUUACAGACAGAGACGGAGUCCCACUACUAAAAGUGACAUCGGAAUCAGCACCGGAACCAGCAAUAAAACCCAACUUCAUAUCGACCUUUUGCCUGGCAAUCGACCAAGGAAGUAAACUAGGCCUGGGCAAAACCAACACCUUAAUUUGCACUUAUUCCCAAUAUCAAAUAGUCCAGAUGAAUAAGCACCCGUUGGUUGUAACUUUUGUAGCGAACCAGCAAUGCAACCUCGGACAAAUUCUGGCUUUGGAAGCGCAAAUCGACCCUAUUGCUUCUUCUUUAGCUUUAACCGUUACAGAAAUUUAGUUGUUUAUAAAUAAAUAUAUUAUUUUUUUACUAUAA